CCUAGCGACGGCCAACCGUCGUGAGCUGCGCCAGGUGGGUGGGGAGGGGGAGGAAGAGGGUCCCGAGGCUUCCCCCUCAGACGAGAGCGGGGCUCGCCCGGCCGACCUUCCUCGGCCUUCCUCUCUCGCGCCUCCUCCUCCUCUUCCUCCCCCUCCGGCCGCGAUGGCGUCCACUUUGGCCGACGUGAGCUGGAAAAUGCUGGAGCUGAGGGCCCGCGCCAAGCGCUCAGUUUAGCCUGAGACGUUUGUGAUAAGCUGCAGCAGCUUGAAAUGGCCAGUUUGGAUGCUGACAGAGCCACCUCUGCUCGUGCUUUCUCAUGGUUUGGCUCUGUGUAUGAACCCCUCAAGAGCAUUAAUCUCCCGAGAGAUGGAGAGAGCCUGUGGAAUAAGUUGGAUCAUUACUACCGAAUAAUCAAGUCAACCGUGUUGCUUUUCCAAAGCCCAACCACUGGACUCUUUCCCACACAAACAUGUGGUGACAAACAGAGGGCAAAAGUACAUGACAGUCUUUACUGUGCUGCAUGCGCGUGGGCACUGGCGCUUGCCUACAGGCGUAUUGAUGAUGACAAGGGAAGAACCCAUGAGCUGGAGCAUUCUGCCAUAAAAUGUAUGCGAGGAAUUCUCUACUGCUACAUGCGCCAGGCUGAUAAGGUUCAACAGUAUAAGCAAGAUCCUAAGCCAUCCAAAUGCCUGCAUUCUGUGUUCGGUGCCCACACUGGUGAUGAGGUCUUUUCUCACAAGGAAUACGGACACCUUCAGAUAAAUGCCGUGUCGCUCUUCCUCCUCUACCUGGUGGAAAUGAUAUCAUCUGGUCUUCAGAUUAUCUAUAAUACAGAUGAGGUGGCCUUCAUACAGAAUCUUGUGUUUUGUGUUGAAAGAGCUUACCGUGUACCAGACUUUGGCGUGUGGGAAAGAGGAAGCAAAUACAACAAUGGUAGCACUGAACUGCAUUCAAGCUCCGUUGGAUUAGCAAAAGCAGCCCUCGAAGCAAUUAACGGAUUCAACCUCUUCGGCAAUCAGGGUUGCUCAUGGUCUGUCAUAUUUGUAGACCUCGAUGCCCACAACCGGAACAGACAAACCCUUUAUUCAUUGCUUCCUCGAGAAUCACGGUCUCAUAAUACUGAUGCUGCUCUGCUGCCCUGCAUUAGCUACCCUGCCUUUGCUGUGGAUGAUGAGGCCUUGUACAGCCAAACCAUUGACAAGGUAGUUAGGAAGCUACAAGGCAAAUAUGGGUUCAAGCGAUUUCUCAGAGAUGGCUAUAGAACUGCACUGGAGGACAAAAAUCGGCAGUACUACAAGCCGGCAGAAAUUAAGCUCUUUGAUGGGAUUGAGUGCGAGUUUCCGCUCUUUUUCAUUUUCAUGAUGAUAGAUGGAGUCUUCAGAGGUAACACUGAACAAGUUAAGGAAUAUCAGGAGCUUCUGGAGCCGAUACUGCAGCAGACCGCCGAAGGCUAUCCUGUAGUGCCCAAGUAUUAUUACGUGCCGGCUGACUUUGUGGAGCUGGAGAAGAAAAACCCGGGCAGUCAGAAACGAUUUCCUAGCAACCAUGGGCGAGACGGAAAGUUUUUUCUGUGGGGGCAAUCCCUUUACAUCAUUGCAAAACUGCUUGUGGAUGGUUUAGUAAGCAUCAAAGACAUCGAUCCGGUGAAGCGCUUCAUACCUCCUCAGGAUCAGCGGAAUGUGAGCAUGAGAUACUCAAAUCAGGGUCCUCUGGAAAAUGACCUGGUGGUACAAGUUGCACUGAUCGCUGAAAGCCAACGCCUACAGGUUUUCCUGAACACAUACGGAAUUCAAACACAGACUCCCCAGCAGGUGGAACCCAUCCAGAUAUGGGCACAGCAUGAGCUUGUGAAAGCCUACUUCCACCUGGGGAUUAAUGAGAAACUGGGCCUCUCGGGAAGACCCGAUCGUCCAAUUGGCUGCCUUGGAUCAUCAAAGAUUUAUCGAAUACUGGGCAAAACGGUUGUUUGCUAUCCAAUCAUCUUUGAUCUGAGUGAUUUCUACAUGUCCCAAGAUGUUAUGAUGCUGAUUGAUGACAUUAAGAAUGCUUUGCAGUUCAUUAAGCAGUAUUGGAAAAUGCACGGCCGGCCGGUGUUCCUUGUGCUCAUCCGGGAGGACAAUAUCAGGGGAAGCCGAUUCAAUCCAAUACUAGACAUGCUUGCCAGCUUCAAGAAGGGGGUUGUCGGUGGAGUGAAGGUUCAUGUGGACAGGCUGCAGACAUUAAUUUCUGGAGCAGUGGUUGAACAACUGGAUUUCUUAAGAAUCAGUGAUACAGAGGAACCUCCAGAAUUUAGGAGUUUAGAGGAGCUGGAACUUCCGAAACAUUCAAAAGUCAAGAGACAAACCAGCACACCCAACGUGACUGAAUUGGAACAGCAGCCAGAUAUCACCGCUAGCGAUUGGAAAAACAAGCCGACUUACGAUAUUCUUCAGAAGUUGAAUGACUGCAACUGCCUAGCAAGCCAAGCCAUUCUGCUGAACAUUUUGCUCAAAAGGGAAGGCCCGAAUUUCAUCACCAAGGAAGGUACAGUGUCUGACCAUAUUGAAAGAAUCUAUCAGAAAGCUGGCAGCAAAAAGCUCUGGUCUGUUGUGCGCUUCGCAGCAAGUCUCUUAUGUAAAGUAGUGGACAGCCUUGCGCCAUCUAUUACUAAUGUUUUAGUUCAGGGCAAACAGGUGACUCUUGGGGCAUUUGGCCAGGAAGAAGAAAUCAUAUCGAAUCCCUUGUCUCCAGGCGCAAUUAAGAACAUCAUCUACCACAAGUGUAAUUUGCAGGAUGAGAGGGAGGCUGUUCUUCAGCAGGAACUUGUCAUUCAUAUUGGCUGGAUUAUCUCCAACUCACCAGAAUUAUUUAACGGCAUGCUGAAGAUACGAGUGGGGUCAGUAGACAAGGUUCUUUUUUACUCAGUUGCAAGGAGAUUGGAGGGACCGGUUGCUUUUUUUCAGCCUCAGCAGUCAGGAAGAUGCUGGUUGAACCGACGUCAGAUUGACGGGGCCCUGAACCGAACUCCCAGUGGGUUCUAUGACAGGGUGUGGCAGAUUUUGGAGAGGACUCCCAAUGGUCUGAUAGUUGCUGGGAAGUUUUUGCCACAGCAACCCACCUUAUCGGACAUGACUAUGUAUGAAAUGAACUUUUCCCUUCUUGUGGAGGACAUGUUAAAGAAUAUUGAUCAGCCUGAAUACAGGCAAAUAAUUGUGGAGUUGUUGAUGGUUGUCUCCAUCAUUCUGGAAAGAAACCCCGAAUUGGAGUUUCUGGAUAAAGUGGAUUUGGACAGAUUAGUGAAAGAUGCCUUUGAUGCUUUCCAGAAGGACCAGAGCCGACUCAAGGGCACUGAGAAACAGGAUGACAUGACUUCCUUCUAUAACACUCCUCCGCUGGGAAAACGAGGAACGUGCAGCUACUUAACAAAAGCCGUGAUGAAUUUAUUGCUGGAAGGCGAAGUCAAGCCCAGCACGGAUGACCCCUGUUCUGUUAGUUAAAUCAAGUGCAGCCGGUGGAUAACAAGGUGGUGGUUAGAGUUUGUCACUGCUUAGCCUGUAACGUUUAGUUGUAAAUGGAAGGCGACCGUUUGGAUGGCAUCACAUCAAUUAACACUGUGGCAAACUCAGAUACUUAGGAAAGCAAACCUGACUACAGCUGAAAUAUCAUUUCUACUCAAAGGUUCCCUUCACGCCAUACAUCUCCAGUGGUGAUCUGCAUUUUUCACUAAAAUGCUGCAGUCGCCCCUUGGUUCAGCGAACGCAUGAAAUCGCUCCUGUUGAUUGAGAAUGCAGAUAGUUUAGAAAAAUUAACGGGGUCUGUAUUUAUAGUUUAUGCCUUGCUGGUGAAUGAUUGCAGGGAUACAUUUAUUUAUGUCGUAGAGAAUCAAUAUGUACUGGAAUGUUUGUGACGUCUCCCCCCCACACACACCCUUUAUUUUGUAUUGUAAUUCAUUAUUGAAAAGGCUUAUUAUGAAAGCUGAAUCAAGCACAGGCAUAAAUAUUUUAAAAAAAUUAAUGAGGCCCCUGGUUGAAGGUGAAUUAUUUGUUAACUUCCGCAAGAUAACUAGCUUUGGGUUUGAUUGCUCCAACCAAGCUUAAGGGUAAAAUAAAAGCUGUUGCGCUAAAUACAUGCUUUAGAA